AUGUCAACAGAUCUUGGGAAGGCCCUGGAGCAUGCGGGUGGCACUGGUCAGUCCAGCGAGGGUGUUAGUAUCCAAACCUUUCUGGCUUCGCUGGCCACUGCUAUCAUUGUCUUUGCCGUCGAAUUCUUACUCUUCAUGGUUCUGAAAGGGAAGCUCACUCGCAUCUACCAACCUCGAACAUACCUGGUCUCCGAUAGAGAACGCACCGACCCGUCUCCUCCUGGUUUCUUUCGCUGGAUCGGUCCCAUCUUCCGCACAUCCAGCUCCGAAUUCAUUCAGAAGUGUGGCCUGGAUGCCUACUUCUUUUUACGGUACCUGCGCAUGUUACUCAAGAUUUUUGUCCCACUGGCAUGUCUGCUACUUCCUGUCCUCCUAUCGUUAAAUAAAAUCGAUGGAAAAGACCAAACCUUUAAAAAUGGCACCGCAACUGGAGGGCAAUGGAACGUUAGUGGCCUCGACCGGCUAGCUUGGGGAAACGUCAGACCGGAAAAUACCGAUCGUUAUUGGGGGCAUUUGAUCAUGGCUAUCAUUGUCAUCGUCUAUGUGUGCGCGGUUUUCUUCGAUGAACUAAAGGGCUACAUCCGUCUACGACAAGCCUACCUGACCUCCCCGCAGCAUCGACUUCGGGCCUCUGCGACGACAGUCCUUGUGACAGCAAUUCCUCAGCACCGACUUUCCGUGGAAUCCCUCGAAGGCCUUUACGAUGUUUUUCCCGGUGGUGUCCGCAAUAUUUGGAUCAACAGAAACUAUGAUGAUCUAAACGAAAAGGUCAAGCAGCGUGAUGCAUUGGCAUUGACACUAGAGGCGGCAGAGACCAGUUUGGUCAUCAAGUGUAAAAAGGCCCAACUGAAGCAGGCGAAAGCUGCGGCUAAAAAGGCUGGGGAACGCGCCAAGAAGGUCGAUAAUAACGAAAAAACAAAUGUCGAUAAAAAGGCCUCGCAACUUGCUUUGGGGGCAGGUGUAAGUUCUGGUAACCCACACCAAGCCCAUACCCUAAACCAGCUCCUGCAUCGUGGCGACCCCUCGCAUCAUCACAAGAACUCCGGUGAGCGGAAACGACACAACCCUCUGAAUCCUGCCGUGGAAGUAGUCGGUCAGGGAAUGGAUAUGUUAGGCAAAUCCGUCUUGGGUGGUCUCAAGAUGGUUGAGGGUGGACUAGAUGGAGCAUUGGCUCUCACUGGUGCCAUUUUCCCCGGAGGGAAAGAUAACGCUACAUCCGGAGCACCAGCGGCCAACAGUGCUGAUCCUAACAAUGAUCAUCCCCAAUCAAGCAGCGAUGCCCACGGUGCUGAACCUUCUCGACAAGUCACACCAACUCAGGAUUUGGAAACACCCGCUGCAGCUUCAAGCAGCGCUGAAACCGGACCGGAAUCUGUGCCGAAACGACCAUUUUGGAAGAGCCGAGGAUCAGGAAAUUCGAAAACAAGUGCUACAACAGAACCGGAUCAGUACCCCCUUACACGUCCAGAGACCCCUAUAAGCGAGCCAGAAACACCAGGUUCCAAUCGGGAAAGUUUGCAUGAGGAAGACCGAAAAGACACAAAAGAGAAAAGGAAAAGCCAUAAAGAAGGGGAAGAAAUAGAGGGACAAGAAUACCCGAUUGCAUACAACGAGGAAUUUGAUAAUGAGGACUUUGGGAACCCGGAAUGGAUGAAAUAUAUCGGACAGAAAGAUCGAGAUACCAUGCGAUUACCCAUAUUUGGUCUUAGCUGGAUGCCAUCUAUUUGGCUACUUGGGAAAAAGGUGGACACAAUUGACUAUUGCCGAAAGGAAGUGGCACGUCUGAACUUGGAGAUUGAACUCGAUCAGCAACAUCCUGAACGAUUCCCGUUGAUGAACUCGGCCUUCGUUCAGUUCAACCACCAAGUUGCCGCGCACAUGGCCUGUCAGGCAGUCAGUCAUCAUCUUCCCAAACAGAUGGCCCCGCGCAUUGUGGAGAUAUCCCCUGACGAUGUAAUUUGGGACAACAUGUCGAUCAAAUGGUGGGAACGGUAUCUUCGGACUUUUGGGAUUAUUACACUAGUCUGUGGAAUGGUCGUUGGAUGGGCGUUCCCUGUCGCUUUCACUGGUCUUCUUUCGCAAUUAUCGUAUCUCGAGAAUACGUUCCCUUGGCUUGCAUGGUUGAAAACACUACCACACUGGUUUAUCUCUGCGAUUCAGGGUAUCCUACCUGCCCUAUUUCUAGCCAUUCUGAUGGCCGUGUUGCCACUUAUCCUUCGGUUCCUGUGCCGGGCCCAAGGUGUCCAUACCGGAAUGGCCGUUGAGCUCACUGUUCAGAACUACUACUUUGCUUUUCUGUUCGUCCAACUGUUUCUCGUUGUUGCCAUUUCCUCCAGCUUUUCCACCAUCAUCAACAAAGUCACAGACGUCACUAGCUGGCCGGAACUCUUGGCGCAAAACAUCCCCUUGUCGAGCAACUAUUUCUUCUCGUACAUGAUUCUUCAGGCGAUGUCAGUGAGUGCUGGAGCGUUGGUUCAAAUAUUCAGUUUGGUCAGUUGGUUUAUCCUCGCACCGAUCCUAGACACGACUGCCAGGACCAAGUGGGCUCGUACGACAAAUCUGAACCAGAUGCAAUGGGGCACCUUCUUUCCCGUUUACACGACCCUUGCAUCGAUUGGUAUGUUCUCUCUCCGAAGUGCAUGUGCGUGUUUGAUUUACUCCGUCAUCGCCCCUCUCAUUCUAGUGUUCAACGUCAUCACAUUUAGUCUCUUUUGGUUCGUCUAUCGAUACAAUACGUUGUACGUCACCAAGUUCCGUUUUGACACUGGUGGCUUGCUCUUCCCUCGAGCUAUCAACCAGCUUUUUACUGGGAUCUACGUGAUGGAGCUCAGUUUAAUCGGGCUGUUCUUCUUGGUUCGUGAUGUACAGGGCACAGUAGCUUGCAAGGGGCAAGCCAUCUGCAUGAUCGUUGUCAUGGUUCUCACAGUCGGGUAUCAAUUCCUUUUGAAUGAAGCUUUCAGUCCGUUGAUCCGAUACCUGCCCAUAACCCUAGAAGACGACGCAGUUCGCAGGGACGAGGAGUUUAGCCGCGCCCAGCGAAGCAGACUGGGUUUAGACGACGAUGAUGAUGACGAUGAUGAUGAGGUGGACAUUGCUGAAAGCAAAGUGGCGGGACGGGAGCUUCACGGGGGCGAUGAUCACAAAGUGAAUGACAUCGAGAUGGAGAGUAUCGAGGCCGAUAAACGACGGAAAUCCCGACAAGAAAGCAAUCUGGCACCUCCCCCACUUGGGCCUAAACGACAAUCAUGGGCCGAUCGGUCUUCCAAGCAGCGUUCCAAAUUCUACGGGAGUAACUCGGAGAGUUCGCUUCCCAGCGUGCUACAGAUGCAAGAAAAGGUGGCUCGAGAUACAGAAUCUCAAGAACCUCCUGUACCCCAAGUUGGCCGAGCACUCUUUGCUGGCAUUCACGAUGAGUUGGAGGAUCUCACGCCAGAUGAACGUGACCAGCUAGUGCAACGAGCCUUUCGGCACGAUGCCCUGCGGGCCAAGCGGCCUGUGAUCUGGAUUCCUCAAGAUGACCUAGGAAUUAGUGCCGAUGAAGUGUACCGGACACAACGUUUCAGCAAGCACAUAUGGAUCAGCAACGAGUACCAAGCGCUGGAUGGUAAAUGCAGGACCAUCUUCAGUCGCAGUCCACCGGAUUUCUCUGAAGUCGAUCUCAUUCAACUGUAG